AUGGAUGACUUCGAGAAGUUCAAGACUUCAGUGAAGGAAGUAACUGCAUAUGUGGUGAAAAUAGCACGAGAACUAGAAUUAGAAGUGGAGCCUGAAGAUAAAUUGCCACAGCAGCCCCAAGCCUUCAGCAGCCACUACCCUGAUCAGUCAACUGCCAUCGACCACAGUGAUGUCCGGGGUCUCCUGGAAUCAGUGUCAGUUCAGAGCCAGUGUCCAGUAAACCUCAAAGAGCUGAUUACCUCCUUUCCCCCAAUGUACAGUUACUCUGCCAUCAUCCUGAGACCUAGCUGUGCUACUGGAUGGUUUUACUACAAGUCCUGUUGCUAGGGAUACUUCCAGAAGCUGAGGAACUGGUCUGAUGCUGAGCUCUAGUGUCAGUCAUAUGGAAACGGAGCCCACCUGGCAUCUAUCCUGAAUUUAAAGGAGGCCAGCACCAUAGCAACGGACAUAGGUGGCUGUCAAAGAAACAAGCCCGUAUGGAUCUGCCUGCAUGACCUGCAGAAGGGGCAGCAGUGGAAGUGGCUCGAUGGGGCCAUGUAUAUUUACAGAACUAUGUCUGGCAAGUCUGUGGGUAGGAACAAGUACUAUGCUGAGAUGAACGCCAAGAACAGUCCGUUUAUUUUCUUACAGAUUUUUUUAACUUGGAACAGCAAAGAAUGCAGCAAGCUCCAACACUUCCUAUGCAAGUACCGACCAUAG